AUGUCGACUACGGGUACGAUUUUUGGUCUCCUUGGAAGUUGCAUUGGAUGCAUGGCGAUGAUUGAGGAUAUGAGGAGACAAGAAGCCCAAACAGUCCAAUUGAUCAAUGUGGCUGGUUUUGGUGUUUGUGCUCUUUAUGGCCUCAUUUGGACAUCGAAAUUCUUCACGGUUAGGAAUAAAAUCCCAAUGAGUGCCUAUUUCCCUCUAGUGAUCCUCUCUUGUUUCACCAAUCAACUCAACAUGCAAGCGCUUAGCUUUUACUUGCCAUUUCCUCUACAUAUUGUUUUACGAUCAGGUUCUCUAAUCACUUCACUAACUCUCGAUGUAUUUUGGCUGAAAAAACGAUACUCAUCCAGGAAAUAUAUCUCGGUUUUUCUUCUAACAACUGGAAUAAUCACUUGUACAUUAGCUUCUUCACAAAAAAGUAAAACGAAUCAACAACUGCAUGAACAUUUUGGGGAAAUGCUAUUUGGUGUUUUCCUGUCAGUAACCUCUCUUUUCGGUGCUUCACUUCUUUCCAUCAAACAAAGUGAUCUUUUCAAGAAACAUGGAAGACACGUUGAUGAAGCUUUUUUCAAUUUGCAUUUCUUCGGUCUCCUCUGCCUUUUCCCAUGGUUUUUCCAAAUGAAAAAAGCAAUGGGCGCAAUGAUUGAUAGCCCGAAUUUGAAUCUUUUCGAUCAAUCAUUUGGACCAAAACUUGUCAUCGAAUUGAUCACAAUGAGUCUAUUUCAAUUUUUCUGUCUCCGAUCCGUUUUCCGAUUGAACGCUUUGGUGGAACCGUUGACACUGAUUUUGGUGCUGACACUGAGGAAAUUUCUCUCGCUUAUCUUCUCGAUCUUUUACUUUCAGAAUCCGUUCACUUUCCUUCACUGGUUUGGGACAUUUUUUGUCUUUUCCGGUGCAAUUCUUUUUGAGGAUGUUCUCGUGAAAAAAAUCUACAAAGAAAAAGCGAUUGUCAAUAAAUGCAUUAUA